AUGUCUAAGGCCGUUGGUAUUGAUUUAGGUACUACCUACUCCUGUGUUGCUCACUUCUCUAAUGACAGAGUUGACAUUAUUGCCAAUGAUCAAGGUAACAGAACUACUCCAUCUUUCGUCGCUUUCACCGAUACUGAAAGAUUAAUCGGUGAUGCCGCUAAGAAUCAAGCUGCUAUGAACCCAAUUAACACCGUCUUCGACGCUAAGCGUUUGAUCGGUAGAAACUUCAACGACCCUGAAGUUCAAGGUGAUAUGAAGCAUUUCCCAUUCAAGUUGGUCGAUGUCGAUGGUAAACCACAAAUUGAAGUCGAAUUCAAAGGUGAAACUAAAAAAUUCACCCCAGAACAAAUUUCUUCCAUGGUCUUAGGUAAGAUGAAGGAAACCGCCGAAUCUUACUUAGGUGCUAAGGUUAACGACGCUGUCGUCACUGUCCCAGCUUACUUCAACGAUUCUCAAAGACAAGCUACCAAGGAUGCUGGUACCAUUGCUGGUUUAAACGUUCUACGUAUCAUUAACGAACCUACUGCCGCUGCUAUCGCUUACGGUUUAGAUAAGAAGGGUCACGAAGAAAACGUUUUGAUUUUCGAUUUAGGUGGUGGUACUUUCGAUGUCUCCUUAUUAUCUAUUGAAGAUGGUAUCUUCGAAGUUAAGGCCACUGCUGGUGACACCCAUUUAGGUGGUGAAGAUUUCGAUAACAGAUUAGUUACUCACUUCAUCCAAGAAUUCAAGAGAAAGAACAAGAAGGACUUAAGCACCAACCAAAGAGCUUUAAGAAGAUUAAGAACCGCUUGUGAGAGAGCUAAGAGAACUUUAUCUUCUUCUGCUCAAACUUCUGUCGAAAUCGACUCUUUAUUCGAAGGUAUCGAUUUCUACACUUCCAUCACUAGAGCUAGAUUCGAAGAAUUAUGUGCCGAUUUAUUCAGAUCCACUAUCGACCCAGUCGAAAAAGUCUUAAGAGACGCCAAAUUAGACAAAUCUCAAGUUGAUGAAAUUGUCUUAGUCGGUGGUUCCACUAGAAUUCCAAAGGUUCAAAAGUUAGUCACUGACUACUUUAACGGUAAGGAACCAAACAGAUCCAUUAACCCAGAUGAAGCCGUCGCUUACGGUGCUGCUGUCCAAGCCGCUAUCUUAACUGGUGACGAAUCUUCCAAGACUCAAGAUUUAUUAUUAUUAGAUGUUGCUCCAUUAUCUUUAGGUAUUGAAACUGCUGGUGGUGUCAUGACCAAGUUAAUUCCAAGAAACUCUACUAUCCCAACCAAGAAGUCUGAAAUCUUCUCCACAUACGCCGACAACCAACCAGGUGUCUUAAUUCAAGUCUUUGAAGGUGAAAGAGCUAAGACUAAGGACAAUAACUUAUUAGGUAAGUUCGAAUUAUCUGGUAUUCCACCAGCUCCAAGAGGUGUUCCACAAAUCGAAGUCACUUUCGAUGUCGACUCUAACGGUAUCUUAAACGUUUCUGCUGUUGAAAAGGGUACUGGUAAAUCUAACAAGAUUACUAUCACCAACGACAAGGGUAGAUUAUCUAAGGAAGAUAUUGAAAGAAUGGUUGCUGAAGCUGAAAAAUUCAAGGAAGAAGAUGAAAAGGAAACUGAAAGAAUCGCUUCUAAGAAUCAAUUAGAAUCCAUUGCUUACUCCUUAAAGAGCUCCAUCUCUGAAGCUGGUGACAAAUUAGAAGAAGCUGACAAGGAAGCCGUCACUAAGAAGGCUGACGAAGUCAUUGCUUGGUUAGACAGCAACACUACUGCUACCAAGGAAGAAUUCGACGACCACUUAAAGGAAUUACAAGAAAUCGCUAACCCAAUCAUGACCAAAUUAUACCAAGCCGGUGGUGCUCCAGGUGCCGCUCCAGGUGGUUUCCCAGGUGGUGCUCCACCAGCUCCAGAAGCUGAUGGUCCAACCGUUGAAGAAGUUGACUAA